CACCACGUACCGAGGCUUACAUGCUCGAGCUCGCCCCAAGAUCCUCCAGCACCCGCCAAAACUAGUCUCGAAGUAGGCUGGUCUGGGGACAACAGCUCUUUCGAAGCUUUUUAUAUACCACAAUUAUUUCUACGUUCGCAAACAACCCUCACCAGCACGAUACCAUGGCUCUCCAGACAAUCCUAACCAAGCCCACCGUCGAGACCUACCUGUCACUGGCCGAGCAUCAAGGCCAAACCCCUGGCACAUUUUAUGGGGGGAAGCCCGUCCUCUACCACCACUGCGCUGGAGCCGAUAUCCUCAUCGCACACGACGAGCUCGAGUCCCACCCUGCAAUCGUGAGUCUUGCCAAAGCCAUUUCAAAUGGUGCAGCUGCACACGGUGAGGCCGGGUCGGCGAAAGCAAUAAUUAGCGGUGUGGACGUCUGGGUCAAUUCAGAGAAUCUCGCGCUCUUCUCUAAUUCUUCAAAAAGUGGCGUGUCUAUCCCGUACCCGGCCGUCGCUCUCCACGCCUUGCAGAUUAUCUCCGACAGCGCCACCCCAGAUUCCGCAAGAGAAGCUCUACUCAUGCACAUCAGCCUAAAUGACACCAGCAUGGCCAAUGCCGACGAAGACUACCAAAUGCUCGAAAUCAGUAUCGUCCCGGCAGCCCCCUCCGACGACGUGUCUGCCGCAGCACCCGAAGCCCCCGCUCUCGACGCGCCGAGUACAUCUGCGCGAGGAGGCAGCAACUCGCGCACGCCCGCACGCAUCCUCUUCAACGCAGUCUCAGCCUGUGCUGAUCUGCACCCCGACCCACAAUCAGAUGAUGACGAAGAGGGAGAAGAGGAAGACACAGCCCCUGGGGCAAGCGGAUGGAUCACAGCCGAAAAUGCUGACCAGUACUUCGAUGAAGACGGACAAUUCGUGGGCCAACAGAUUCUCGGUCCCGGUGCCGGAACAGUUCGAGCAAGAGACGAGGAUGGUCGAGAUGCAGACGAGGCGGAAGUGCAAGAUGGCGGUGAGGCAUUCGCGGACGUCGAUGCGAAAUGGAGGAGGACAGACUGAACAGUACGAGUGGAUUCAUCUGUCUCCGGUGCAUCAUAUUCCCGUAACAGAGGCCGAGUACCUACCACGAGCGAUGCCAUGCAACAGCAGUCCGUUCCACCCUGCCGUUUUCCGUAUUUUGUUCACGGAGCUCGGCGGGAGUAGUAGAGACCACAUGCACGACCGGCAGUACAUCUGCAACUACCACCAAACGCAACAUCGAUCAAACCGACUUUGCGCAACGCGAUGCAUGUACUGUAGAUGACGUACACACGUGGAUCUAUUUACACUCUACCUAGGCACCACGAGGAUAAUUAGUUUCACUAACUACGAAUAGCUAGUUGAGUAUUACUGAAUGAGGGGUCUACCCUAAAC